AUGCCGAUUACGAUUUUGGCGCCGCGGCGCAUCCCCGCUGCACGCGCUCAACCCGACAACGAUGAUUCAGAUUCAGAGAUGGGUGGCGCAGCUGCCAACCACAACUCAAGUAUCGUCACUCCAGGUGAGGUCAUUACGGAUGAUCCUCAAUGGAUGAGAGGUCACGGCACCUACGUUACUCCGGGCUCAAGCUCGAUCAUCUCCUCCGUUGCUGGCACUGUGUCUCGCACGAACAAGUUGCUGUCCGUACGGCCACUGCGUGCACGUUACACUCCAGAAGUCGGUGACCUCGUGGUAGGCCGCAUCGUCGAGGUACAGGCCAAGCGAUGGCGGGUCGAUGUCGGUAGCACCCAGCUUGCUGGUCUCCCAUUAUCGGCUAUCAACCUUCCUGGUGGUAUCCUGCGGAAGCGCACGGAGACGGACGAGCUGCAAAUUCGCAACUUUUUUUCAGAAGGCGACCUUCUCGUGGCUGAGGUCCAACAGCUGUUCCAGGACGGCGCCGCGGUGCUGCACACGCGCAGUCUCAAGUACGGGAAGCUGCGCAACGGCGUCUUCAUCGCGGUAUCUGGAGGAGGUACGGGCGGCGGAGCGGGAGUGGUCCGGAGCAGGAGGCAGGUGUGGACUAUGGACUCUGCUACGGCCGGAGGCGGUCCCAUGGAUGUCAUCCUGGGUGUGAACGGCUACAUCUACAUCAGCGCACACUUCGCGCAGCCCGAAGAGGAGGCACCAUCUGGCCCGAGCGGCCCAGCAGCGGGUGUGACCAACAUGGAGGAAAGCGUCAGCGCAACUAUGUACUCGAGCCAGAACGACCCGAUAGAUCCGGAGACGAUGCGGGAGAUCGCCCGUGUGCGCGGCGUCAUCGGGGCUCUGGUGGAGCACGGCCUGCGCGUUGAUGAGGACAUGGUGGUCAGGGGCUACAGGGAAGCGGUCGAGAUGGCGAGGCAUUCGGAUGAUGGGGAGGACGAUAUUUACUUGGGAGGAGAGAAGGGCCAGCGGUUGGCAGCUGUCCUCACUGGCAGGUGA